CGAAGUGUCGCGCUAUGAGAUGGGAAACGGAGCGCUGCGGUGUCGUGAAGCCGUCACGGACAAUGGCGCGAGCUCGUCGUGCUCGCGCUGCGGCGCGCGGGUGAGCGAGGAGGCAGUGGCGGAGCUGCCGAUCGAUGACGAGGAGUCUCCCAGCUACGCCGCCCAAGUGCCCUCCACGGCGCCCGUGGCGUCCGGGAUCCCGAGCGCCGCCGGGCUGCUGGCGCCGCCGGUGGAGAUCCGAGGGCCCACGGUCUACGAGUUGGAACUGGCGCCGAAGGUGGAAGAGAUCACACACCACAUGGUCACCAUGUUGUGACGCGUUCCUCACUGGCUUCGCAAUGUCAGCAACGUGAUGCGCUGCUUGACGGGUUUGCCUGCGGAAACAAAGAAUUCCGCUCAAAAUUCAU